GUUUGUUGAUAUGGGGAUAAAGGCAUUAAGCCUAUGAGCCUCGUUUGAAACCUUCCUUGUAAUUGAUUCCUUGGUUCUUGGUCCUGGCAAUUCUAACGUCAAGAAUUUUGCUAAUGUUAACGGCUCUUGCUAGCGGUGUAUACUCGUGGUAGAUAUCAGGCUUCUUUUUGUUUAAGCUCAGAAUAUCGCAUAUAUUACCUUCGCAUCUGAAAGACAUCGUAAAAUUCUUUCGUUUCAUUGAAGCUUGCUUCCUUGUUUCACAUGCACAGCUCUAAUUUUUUAAUGUCAUUUUUUUAUACCUUAGACAAGUAUUUUGAGCCCUUCAAUAUGCAUUUAAAUUAGUCUGGCCAAUUUUUAUAUCCGAAAUAGUGUAUCAUGUAAUAUGGCUUGUUUGACAUUAUUGGCCUUACGAAAUUUAAAGUUAAAUAUCGGCAACACCGGUGUUUGUUAUGUUAAGUAGGUGAAAUAAUAAAUCGACGUUUUCAUGUAAAAUGCUUCUCUGAAAUACGAAUGGUUAAUCUGUCGUACGUUUAAUUAAAAACUUUAUCAUGAUCGAAAAUCAGAUCAUGAAUAAUUUAAUUGUAGUAAACAUGGAUGCAUAUCCUUGCGAUGCUGAUAUAGCUAAUAUGGAUUCGUUUCCUUCCGAUGCUGAUAUAGUUAAUAUGAUAGAUUCAUUUUCUUGCGAGGCUGAUAUAGCUAAUAUAGAUUCAUUUUCUUGCGAUGCUGAUAUAAUUAAUUUAGAUGCAUUUCCUUGUGAUGAUGGUGCAGUGAAAGUGGAUGAAUUGCCAGAUAGUGCUGAUAUAAUUAGUUUGACUGCAGUGCUUAGUGGUGCUGAUGUAGAUGAAAUGAAAUUUCCGUGCGAUGUUUGUAAUCAGCACUUUAAAAAUAAAUCGCAGCUUGCGGAGCAUUCUCUCACUCACAUAGAAUUAAAACCAUAUGCCUGUAAAAUUUGCAAGAAACGUUUCCGACAAAAAAAUUACCUUCGAAAUCAUUCAUAUACUCAUUCAGAAAUAAAAUCCUUUUCUUGUAGUGUCUGUAAAAAGCUUUUCAAAGUUGAGCGAGAUCUUAAGCUACACUAUAAAACACACACAGGAGAAAAACAAUUUAAACCUUUUGUAUGUGAGGUUUGUAAAAAAGGGUUUACUCGCAAGCGUCACCUUGAAGAGCAUGAACUUACUCAUACAGGUGAAAAACCAUUUGCUUGUGAAGUGUGUAAGAAAUGCUACAGAGUUAAAAGUCAACUUUAUUAUCACAUGCGAUCGCAUUCAGCAGAGAAACCAUAUAAGUGUGAAAUUUGUAAGAAAGCCUUUACAAAAAAGUGUAGCCUUCAAGUACAUUAUGUGAAGCAUAGACGUGGAGAGUAUUUUGCUUGUGGGGAAUGUGAUAAAACAUUUACAAACAAAGAACAAUUUAAUGAACAUAGCAUUUCACACACUGGGAAAAAACCAUAUGCGUGUGAUGUGUGUAGGAAGUGUUUCGGUAACAGAAAAAAUCGCGAUAUGCAUUUUCUUACACAUUCCUUAGGAAAACCUUAUGCAUGUGAUGUUUGUGAUAAAACAUUUACAAAAAGGGAUGCACUUAAAAUUCAUUCUAGAACACAUACUGGAGAUAAACCAUUUAAAUGUACGUUUUGUGAUAAAGGUUUCUUACGUAAAGAUUCUCUUGAAGAGCAUCAUCGUGUCCAUACAGGAGAAAAACCUUAUAUAUGUGAUAUAUGCAAGAGAGGUUUUAGUCAAAAAAAUAAUCUCGAAAGACAUAUAAAAACGCAUGCCAAGGAAAAAUAUGUUUGUACUGUUUGCAAUAAAAAUUUUGCAGAUAAAGAGAAAUUAACAGCACAUACCUGUACCCAGUCGCAGUCUGAUCCAUAGCGAAGCUUUCAAUUUAAAAGUAUUGGCUAUGUUUUAAAAACUACAAGCAGGAAACUGCAUAUCUCUAGUAUGUUUUAUGACAUAGCUUUUGCAAAAAUUAAUUUUUUGUUAAACAUAAAGCUUUUUUCAAAGAAAUUUAAUGUUACUGUAUAAAAUAUCACAAUAAUAUAAUUUUAUAUAUAUAAAUAAUAUUAACAACAAUAAACUCUUUUUGAGCUAUGAGAAAUAUUUUAAAUAAUAUUAACUUUGGCAUUUUCUGAUUAUCUCUACUUCCCACCAAAAAGUCAUAAACUCAUUGCUGACUUCAGAGAGCAUCCACAAACUUGUAAGUAACUUUGGAGAGGUACGUUUGUUUGGAUAUAUUUACAUUUUUUCAACAACACAUCUAGUGCAAUCUAUUUUUACUUUCUUGUACAAAGUAAAGGAAGUAUUGUAAUCACGAAAAAUUUCAGAUUUGAACGGAAAUAUCCAUUUUAACUAUAUUUUUGUGCGACAUCUGUGCAUAUAUGCAGAAUAGAAGACUGUUUUUUUCCAAAACCUAUAGUAUAAUGGCUUCAAAAGUGACUGCUGUAACAUUUAGUUGUGCAUCUCCCUUUUUUCAUUGCAACACCAUUACUGAGUGUGUGUAGGUAUGUAUAUAUAUAUUGUAAUAUAUACAAUAUGUAUAUUUACAUACACAUAUUCAGUAUAUUUAUAUGUAUGGAUAAUGAAGUUAAAAGUCAGAACUUAAAUUAAAUAUAAAUUUAGUUAAAAAAUAUAUAAAGCUCUACCUAUCUCUGUCUCCAGGAAAUGGUUACGAAAACUGAGUAAACACAAGUGAAGGGUACAAUAAAAAAAGUAAAUGAUUGAAGAAAAUUUUGAAAACUACAGAACAUGAGACUAAAAAAAUACAAAUUGCAAUAAAAUUGCCCGAAAAAUUAAUCUCCUCUGUUUAACACUUCAAACAGAACUUCUCAAGGGAAAAGUGUUUUGAAGCCUUAAAAUAAGUUGAUUAAUGAGUUUCGAAUACGUGUUUUGUUCCUCUGGAUCAUUUGAGACUUUAAACCACUUUUUCAAAAUUUAAAUCGUAAAUUUUAAUGUAUACUGGGUGAUUCUAAAUUGUUUUUGCAAAUUGAGAGGAGUGAUAGUAUUCUUCCAGAUGAGCAGUAAUUACCAUAGAACAUAGGGUCGCAUUUUUCUCUGAGAGGCAGAAAAUAGAUAUACAGUCAAAAGUCGUUAAUUCGGACACCCAUAAUCCGGAC